AUGGGAUCGCAGACGAGCGGCCUAAAUUCGGUCCUGCAACCAGGAGAAGCUACCUCGACACCGACCGCCGCCAACGAGGCAGAGCCGAGGCCGACUUCGGGACAUGAUGGGGAUGCACCACGUGUGAGCGUCCUAGGUACUGACGCUGUCGCUGCCGUGCCUGUCCCUGCUCCUAGUCCAGCAAUCUCUGCUCUCAACAGCGAGCAAGAACAAAAUGAGGACACGGGCAUCCCGAGCCGUUCAAUCAGUCAGCUGACCAGGCCUACCGACCACUCUCCUGUAGAGUCGCCUCGACGAGCAAAUGUCGAAAGGAGUCUCAGCAGGGGAGAAAGCUCAGCUACUCAUCCUCCAGCCACCGCUGCUGGGAGCGACAAGCCUUCAAGCACUUUGGCUCCACCGGCGCCUUUCACAGAUCGACACGACGGCUCAACGUCUGAUGCUGAAUCGAGUGACCGGAGCCUGCGUGUUCCACAGGCACGACGCCGCUCAGCCAUCUCGGAUGUCUCCAGUGCCAGCCCGAGCCCAGGGCCUGACGCAGAAGGCCAACAUCUGAGAAGAAGUGUAUCUCUCUCACCUGCAGACGAAGUGUCCGUGGCAAUAAUACCAGGUCCUCACGACGGAAACAGGGCCCAAGUCGACGAUGCAGUUCCUUCUGUUAAUUACGUUCAAGGUGCUAGACGACUUGGGGCACAGGGUACUAAUCGCCGGCCACAGUCUUCAGAUCUGAUCGUUGCCCCUCCCGCAACAACGGCAGAGCCUUUCCGCGCAGCAGAAUCAAUGCCGAUGGUCGAAGCCGUUGAGCAGCGUCCUCCACCCGGACGACUAAUGCAACAGAGUGCAGCGGCUGAGCAACAGCGUGAUCCUGGCGAGCACCGACCUUUCUCAUUCGCUGGUGUUGAGGACGUUGGUGCCAUUCACGAGCCUCGGCCGUUGCCAGAGCACGAUCUCAGCAGAUUUCCAUCACAGCCGAUGAGUCCAGUAAGUCAAGCGCGAAGCAGUGUUGCAUUAAGCAAAGCAAUGUCACAAGUCAGCGUCGAAGAUGUUCAAGACCAGGCUAGUGUCCCAGAACAACGACAUUCGAGGUCAUAUUCGAGGCCUUUCAGCGCCGAUCCUAAAGCGAGACACCAUCCUGCUCUUCCUGCGGGCGAACCUGAACAAGCUCCAAUAGACCGAGCCCAUUUGUACUCUUCCGAGAGUCCCUUGCCUAGUGCAAGACGCGCACAAGAAGAAAUCGGCCGCCACCUUCAGCAAAGAGAGCAGCGACCGCCUACCUUACCGCCUCAGCCUCAGCCGUAUGAGGAGGGAUACCGAAUACCUGGCCCUUAUGUUCAAGAGUACCGAUCUCCGAAACAAAUCUCAUCCCCUAGAAACGCCCGAAGCCAGGCUCAGCUACAAGCGAGUGGCAAGCCACUACCAAGCACAUUAAGAUCUCAGACUUACGCUGGCCAGCCUCAGCCUGAACCGAGCUUUUACACCGCUUCAGAACAACAGAAUGCUCCAAGCUAUCAGGGCCACGCCACUUGUCUGGACAGUCCGGCCCCUUAUGCCGAGUACGACAUGAAGCAUGGAGAGUGGGACAAUUAUACCCAAAACCGACCCCUACAACAGCAGCGGCAGUCAAUGGGUCCACCUGCGACCCCAGUCCAGCACCCUAUUUCCAGCCAACAGACGUCUGUACAUGCAGCGCCUUUACCACCAUCUCCCCAUCAACCGCAGGCUGAGCGGAAGAGGAGCACAUUCGGUAAGCUGUUUGGGGGAAGCUCUUCUAAGGGAUCUAGACUUCAAAAGCAAGUCAGGCCAGAAUCUCACGUUGGACCUCUCGGAUACGUGCAAAAGGAAAAGCGAAACAGCAUGUUGCUGCGGACUGGGAGUGCCUCCUCGCGGCAAAGCAGCAAUUACGCCAGUCAAGAUCAGCUCGGCCAGCUUCCACCUCCAAACGUCCAUUCCCCCUUGGCUCGACAGCAACCGAGCCAUGCGCCCCGAGAACCAACGCCGGACAGUGGCGACAGACUCGCAGAAGGCAAGAAGAAGCGGUUUUCCGGGCUUGGGGGCAAGCUGUUCAAGAGCAGAGCCGCCACCACACCCACUCCCCCGACACAGACAACAGGAUCUGAGAAUCAGAGAACCGGACAACGCUUCGCUUCUCCCGGACCAUACUCUGCGCAGACUCCGGGUGUCAUCUCCCCGGAGCCCUAUUCCGCGCAGACACCGUAUGGCCGAUACCCCGUGGGACCUGGGAGCUAUUUCAGUCAAGCACAGGCUCAGUCACCGUACAUACAAACCGCCCACACAAGAGGCCAAUUUUCACCGCAGUUCCCAACAGCGGCUUCUCCAUAUCAGCAACAUCCCGGGCCUUUCGAGUAUACGCAUCCUCCACAAUCUCCGCCCCUUGCAGGUCAGCAAGCAUCUGCGGGUCGAUACGCAACGGGUGGCUUUAUGAAUCCGAGUCAUCAAAGCCGCCCGUCUGAUUUACGCAUCGACACAAGCAACCCAAACCUGGGCCACUACAAUGUGCCUGCCACAGCCCCAGCACAGGUCCACCCGCGCAGAGCAUCCCCUUUCGCCUCUUCUCCGUACAACCCGAACCCAAGCUCAGGCAUCACCACCGUGUCUGGACCAACUUCGCCACCACCUCCCUCGACGCAAUCGCCAUCUCGGAACCCUCGCGACCACGUCAUCGAUCUGCACAAACGCUCCCGAUCGCCUCGACUUGGACGUGCUGCAUCCGACGAUCUUGACGCCUCACAGCGCCAGCAACCCACCAGCCUGCUCGGCACCUUUAGCUCCAAGAACAUUUCCCCGGUAGGCGGCAUCCCGCGGCCGGACAACGACCAAGAACGGCCCUUUGCCAUCACGGUACCGGGCCUAGACGACGACGACAACGCACGAAGAAAGCACCAUCUCCGCGACCGUAUCGCAGCUGGGGCGGCCCGAAGUGACACCCCCGUGAGCGUGGAAUCCGGCGGGCAUGCCGCACCAGCUUCGCACUUGGCGGUCACGACCAACACGGGCGGGCUGGAACGCAACGUCUCCGUGCUCGAAGGCUACAGCGCGCCCGAGAGUCCGAGACGGGCCCGACGCGAAAGCGCCAGAGACAAGACCACUCCGGGCGUGAUCGCCGAGUUGCCGGGCAGCAAGGCCGAGGGGUAUGAAAGCGAGGAGGAGAUUCCUAUGAGUGCGACGGCGUAUCCCGGGCAGGAGUGGAUGCCGGUCUUCGUAGGCGACGGGAGGUGGGAUGAUUGA